CAAGAACAAUGUACUUAAACCUAUGAGCACAAAGAUAUAACUAACCUAACUACAAUUUAAUUACAAAAGGACACAACUAGCCUAAAAACAAUUUAUUUAUAGUAUGUACCUGAACUAAAACAAAACAGCAAAGUAAUAAAUCGAAAUCAAGUCCGUAACCAUUGAUCGAGAUAAAUAUUUUUUUAAAUCAAAGGAGCAAAACUAAGUUCGUACAAAAAUUACUAGAAAGGUCAUUCUUCGGAAAAAAAUCUUUCUAACCCGAUUUAAAAAAUGCUCACCGUAAAGCGCGAUCUAGAGCGUGAGAAUCAAAAGUCUGAAAUCUAAAGUCGAGACUUUGUUGAACACAGUCUCCUACUGCAGGCGACUAAAUCUAGUCCAUUUCAAUCCCCAGAACAAGUUUGCGCGCUUACUACUAAAAAGGACCCCUUUGUCGUAUCUCUUCAGGUUCAGAGCACUCCCCUUGUCGCAUCAGCUAGUAUCGCAAUCCUCGGCGUGGACAUAUCCAGUGACGUGCAAUUUCAUAGUCACUUUCAUAGUCACUCAUCUCUGCGCCAAAUUUCAUCCAGAUCCGUUCAGCCGUUCUGGCGUGAUUGAGUAACAAACAUCCAUUAUCUUACUUAUUAUAAAUGCGAAACUUUGGAUGAACUAGCCCGCGGGAUGGUAUAGGAUAGUGGUGGAUAUUCUUACACAUAAAUAUAUAAAUAAAUAAGACAGCUCCUCCUAAAAUUGUGUCGUAAUCGCUGGAAAAAUCACCAUUUUUUGGGAUACAUUUGGGGUUAUAGAUUACUGCGCUUUCUUACUAAUAUAUUAUAGGGGUACCUAUAUUUGAGAUCCGGAAUAUUGCUUUGGAUGUGAUGAUGGUUGAUAGAUAAUGUCACUUCUUAGUUAAAGAGAAAUGUAAUUUUGAAAUGACUUCGUGUCGCUAAGUUCAAAAUCAUUACCGAUGUUUUAUUAACUGAUUACUGUUUUCAGAAGCAAGAUGUUUCUUACGCCCAAUUUUUUUAAUAAUUAUUUGAGAGAGCGUGGUCUUGGCAAUCAAAUCUACGCAGCAAUGAAAAAUGAUGAUUACUCUGAUGUAGUUAUGGCUGCUCUCAGUGUACUUGAGGAAAGUGGAAGUUUACCAACGAUAGAAAAAGAAAACAAAUGUGAGAAAAGAUCUGAUAAAUAUCGGGAAGAAGGUAAUAUAGCAUUUAAAGUUGGGAAUGUAUACAGAACUCUAGAAUUUUACAAUAGAGCUCUGAUGUAUGCGCCGAAAACUUCAAGAGCCAUAAAACUCGCUUAUAGCAACAGGUCGGCAAUUUUAUUUAAAAUGGAACAAUUUAGUAAAUGUUUAAUUGACAUAGAAACUUGUUGUAAACUUGGUUGCCCCACAGACAUUGAAAGUAAGCUUAUUAAAAGGAAAAAUGAAGCUACAAAAAGAAGUAAAUUAGAAAAUAGUACUGCAAGUUUGCUUACUAGUUACUUUAAAGAUUAUUUUAAAUUUGAUCUUAAAUCCAACACUUCUAUACCUUGCGCUAGCUCUGACAUAGAAGUUAUAAAAGGAGAUGAUUUUAAAAUAGUUGCAGCAAAAGAUAUUAAAGUAGGAACUCCUCUGGCUUUAGAAGAUUCGUUUGUAAGUUGUAAUAACGAAAAAAAUAUACCAUUUUCUUGCCAUUACUGCCAUAAAAUGUCUUUGAACCUAAUACCAUGUGAAGGUUGUUGCUUAGUAUUGUUUUGUAGUGAAGAAUGCAAAGAAAUAUGUUUAAAAGAGUACCAUAGCAUCGAAUGUCAAAUUAUGGAGGUUAUUCAAAGCAUAGCUUUCAGUACUAUGGCGAAAUUGAUGGUAAAAGGCACUUUGAAAUUUGUCCAAAUGUGUGGGUCAUGGAAAAAAGUAAUUUCAUCUUCGCAUUGCACUGGUGCUGACAGGAUACGCAUCAGUUCAGAACAGGACAUGUACGAUGUCAAUAAUAAGUUCUCGGUACUUAAUUUUAAUGAUAAUCGGCUGUUCGUGCAUGGAUCAAUGCAUUCAGCUAGUUUUGUAUGUGCUACAUUUAUUUAUUAUUUAGAAAGAAUAUCUGGCUAUUUGCCUAGUUCAUUUGAUGAAAGGAAACUUGCUAAGAAAGCACUGGGAAGAAUCAUGAUGUAUUUUAGCCUUUACGCUUCCCCCACACCAGUUAAUCUCCGUGUAUCAGAUACCAAAAAUAGAAAAUCGUUUCUCAAUCCAAUUUCAAAUCACGGAUGGUAUCCUUUAAUUGGUAAAUUAAAAGAAUCUUGCAUUCCAAAUCUAUUUGUUAUCAAUUUAAAUAAAAAAAUGUUGUUGAUUGCGUUGAAGCCUAUAAAAAAGGGAUCAGAGUUAACUGUUUCUCACAUAGGCCAUUAUUUAUUAUAUGAUGAAGAACCUCAUGUACGAAAUUCUAUAUCAUUCGACCUGUUCGGGAAUGUUUGUAACUGCAUUAUAUGCACUGGUGAAUGGAAAUCACAGAAAAAACAAUUUUCGUUGACGGAAAAGCAACUUAACUUAUAUAAAGAAAGAUUUUUGCAUGAAGACGUACUUAUCAACAUUAUGAGAAUUCCCAAUGUAUUUAAAAAAAUAUGCAAUGUGCUCGCUUGUCUUAGCGACGUGUCUUUCUCAGAAGAAUAUGUACAUGUUUUCAACAAUUCUUUCUUUCGAUUAAUAUCGGCUUAUCAAGAAUUUGUAUGCGCUAAUGUAGUUUUUGAUAGAAUCCGCUAAAUAGUUUAAAUUUGAUUCAAUUACAGUACCGUGUAAUUGCAUAUACGUUGUUUAUUUUACUGUAACAGAAUAUCUAUUAAUUAUGGUAGUUUUUAAAUUAAGCCGGGAGAGAAUGAGUGGCGUAAUCGUGUUUCAUGUUUAUGCUAGGGUCACAUUGUCGCGCAAAGAUUCGUGUCGCGUUUUCACAAUAAAACUUCGUGUUCACUCUACUACGAUCCACAUGCCUGAUCCGAUGGCCGAGAUUAAAAAUUUAUGAAAAGAGAGAAUAAAAACGGCGAGAUGGUUCUGCUAGGCGCGAGAUAAUUGAAGACGCGGUUGCGCUGUAUUAUAUGCCUCUUUAACACUUGAAUAAUUCUACUAUAUAAAUAAAAGAUUAAAAAAUUAAAAUAAAAGACGAUGGUGAAUUUCAAAAGUGUUUCGUUACUCUAGUUCAUAUUUUUCCUAUGACAAAAUCAGAAUAAUCCAAGACAAAUGUAAAGACAAGACACUGUAAACAGAGAGCGAAGUGUAGACUGUAAACAAUCGCAUGAACUUAGUCGCGAUAAAACUCUUCGAUGUACAAAAAUUUACCCCCCAUGCGAUCGGCAUUCGAGUUUGUCUGAGUGAUUCACGAUAUGACGAAUUGCUUGUCCAGACGUGUCGCAACAAAUCAAAUAGUCGCCUUAACGCGCGACAAUGUGGCCGCAGCAUUAUCGUAAUAACAGGGAAAGAGGAAAAAUUAAUUUUAAGUUAUAAUGCAGAUUGGAAAUUUUAAAAAACACAAUAUUUUUUCUAAUCUAAAUAAUUUCUUGUACACAAAACUUUUCAUAACUCAAGUAUUAAAUCUUUCUCAAUAAUUAUUAUUAAGUUUAUGGGUCAUUAGCUGCAGUGAUUUCUACGCUAUCUAAACAAUCUCAUUCACUUUAAUCAUUUAAUAAUACAAUUUAAGAGCAUUUAAUAUCACCUCAAUCAGUGAACUCUAUACAAGUACGCUGGACUGGAUAGCCAAUUUAUUUUGAUUUUUUAAAAUACGAACAAACAAACAUUAAUAUUUCUCUGCACUUUUUCUUUUAAUACUAUAAGUUAAAAUUUUCAAUCGUAACACGAAACCUAAGACUGGCCUAAUUUUAUAGCCCUGUGGCUAGCUCUUCUAGACAUCCUCUGACACCUCAGGACUGGGGUGUCCGAGGGUAAGUUGUGAAACGACUAACCGGGAAAUGUGGGUGGGAGUCGCGCUUAUGUUGAAUUAAUAAAAAUUAUCUAUUUUAUGCGAGAAGACAAAUAAGUCGCCACCAAGUUAAAAAAAACCUUUUUCUGAAUUAUAAAAGGUUAAUAUAAGGGGAAGUUUAACUUAUUUUCUUUUAAAGUGUUUUCAUUCAAAAACAGAAUUAAGUAUAAGAACCUUUUGAGAUUAUCAACAAUUUUCUAACAUGAUAGUGUUCGUGGUCGGAUUACCCUUAUACGUUGCUAGUGUUUUGUUUUUUGUAAUAAACUGAAAAAAAUUCUCUCUUCGUUUAUUUAAAUUUUAUUUUUUAGCAGUGCUACAAUGUGAUUUUUAUUUGGUUUAAAAAAAAAGUAAUUAUUUCAUAUUAACAUUGGUCCUAUUAUGUAAUUUAAGUUUAAAUAAAAAUAGAGCACUGACGAAAAGGUCCAAAGAAAAAAGUAGAUAAGUUUUACCUUACACUAAUAAUAAUACAAAGAUGUAUUUUAAAUUGUCAACACAACGAAACACAAUGAAAACUGUUAAACAUUCGUUUCUGUAUAAUUAUGUGUUAAGUACUGCAUAUUAAAUUAAACGUUAAUUAUUUAUUAACCAUUAAUUUUUCCAAUUUGAACUUGAUUGUAGGCAUUAUUCUUUAACUUUUAUCCGAACUAUUAUUAAUAUUUAGAAACAAGUGUAACAUUUUGGAUUAAGUAUAAUGUUUUGUAUUAAAUAAAAUAAAUUUUUAAACU